AUGGAUAAAUUGAACAAGAAUUUAGACAAAUUCUACACUUAAAUAUAUAACUAAAAAAAACAAAUCAGAAGUACUUCCAAGGAUUCAAAUGAUCCAUCAAAUACUUCAAUUGAUUUAUAAAUGUACAUAUAUAUUUAAUUAUUUUAGUAAUCAUAAGAAACAUUAAAAAAAUACAAAUAAGAAUUUAAAAGAAGAUUGA